UCACUUAAAUAUCUCGCUCUCUUCAAGUGUCCGGUGAUAUCGGAAUUUUGCCACAUCAGACCAAUAAAGCCGGAGUAAAAGCCCAAAAACUUUAUCCUUGGUUGUUUCAGACAUGGCUGCUUUUACGCGUGUUGCCCGAGCUUUCAAGGACAGUUCAGCUUACAGCAAGCUACUCCUGGUUUGCGCAGUGAGCAGCGGAGGGCUUAUGGUUUAUGCGGAAUCAAAUCCAAAUAAUGGUACCAAUGGUAUGGAAGGUUCUCAAAUUGUAGAGAAAAAGAAGUUAGUAGUACUUGGAUCAGGAUGGGCAGGCACAAGUUUCUUAAAGAACAUAGACAGUUCCUUGUAUAAUGUUCAAGUGGUGUCACCUCGCAAUUAUUUUGCGUUCACCCCGCUGCUUCCGAGUGUGACAUGUGGUACUGUGGAACCACGAAGCAUCAUCGAGCCAAUCCGUAAUAUUGUUAAAAAAAAAAAAGGAGAAAUCCGAUUCUCUGAAGCAGAGUGUAUCAAGAUUGAUGCAGCUAACAAUAAGGUUCAUUGUCGCUCUAAUCAUGACAUAAAUGUGGAAGGGAAGGAGGAGUUUCUAUUGGAUUAUGAUUACCUGUUUAUAGCAUUGGGAGCCCAAGCCAAUACAUUUAACACGCCGGGUGUGAUGGAGCAUUGCCAUUUCUUGAAGGAAAUAGAGGAUGCACGAAGAAUUCGUAGGAGUGUAAUUGAUUGCUUUGAGAGAGCUAGCCUGCCAAAUUUAUCUGAAGACGAGAAGAGAGUGAUCCUUCACUUUGUAGUUGUAGGUGGAGGUCCAACAGGUGUUGAAUUUGCAGCAGAGUUGCAUGACUUUAUUUGUGAAGAUCUGGUCAAGUUAUAUCCUUCUCUACAUAAACUUGUAAAAAUUACAGUCAUCCAGUCAGGGGACCAUAUUUUGAAUAUGUUUGAUAGCAGGAUCAGUUCAUUUGCAGAACAGAAGUUCCAGAGAGAUGGUGUUGAAGUAAAAACAGGAUAUCGAGUGGUAAAUGUUUCUGACAAGUACAUUACUAUGAAGAGUAAAGCAAAUCAAGAAACCUCAUCACUACCAUACGGAAUGAUUGUCUGGUCUACUGGGAUUGGGACUCGCCCUGUUGUAAUGGAUUUCAUGAAACAAAUUGGGCAGACUGAUCGGCGUGUUUUAGCAACGAAUGAGUGGCUGAGGGUUGAGGGAUGUGAUAAUGUAUAUGCACUUGGGGAUUGUGCCACAAUAAAUCAACGUAAAAUCAUGGAAGAUAUUUCAGAUAUAUUUAAGGUUGCAGACAAGGAUAAUUCUGGUACUUUAACAGUUCAAGAAAUCCAAAAUAUCAUAGAUGAUAUCCGUGUGAGGUAUCCUCAAGUGGAAGUUUACCUGAAGAGGAAACAUUUGCGGAAUGUUAUGGAUUUGUUGCAAGGUUCCCUAGAAAGUGCUCAAGGUAAAACUAAAGAACUGCACAUAGAAGAGUUCAAGGCAGCAUUUGAACAUGUUGAUUCACAAAUGAAGAGUUUGCCAGCAACAGCACAGGUUGCUGCUCAGCAAGGUGUGUAUCUUGCCCGAUGCUUUAACUGUAUGCACGAUUGUGAGGUUGAACCUGAAGGUCCUCUUCGAAUGAAGGGAUCAGGUCGACAUCGAUUUCGUCCAUUUGAGUAUAAGCAUUUUGGACAAUUUGCUCCACUUGGAGGAGAGCAAACUGCUGCAGAACUUCCUGGAGAUUGGAUUUCUAUAGGCCAUAGUACUCAAUGGCUUUGGUAUUCUGUAUAUGCGAGCAAGCAAGUCAGCUGGCGUACAAGAGUUUUGGUGAUGUUCGACUGGACAAAACGAUUCACUUUCGGUAGGGACUCCAGUCGCCUUUGAACCAAGAGCUCAUGUUUGCUCGAUUCCCUCUCUAAAUAUUCACCAGGGUGUGUCUAAAAAACAGGUUUGAUGUUUCCUAUCUCAUGAUUAGAACAUGUACCAGAUACAGAUAGAAAACUGUUGUUGCUUGUAUAUGAUUUGCAUUUAGCUUUGUUGCUUCUAUAUGAAUACCAUAGUCCCAACUUCUAAAAUUCAGGACUUGGGCUGUCGGGCUGAACUUGACAUAUUUGUAUAUGUAGAUCCAUCAAUAGAAUUGCAAAUUCUUAUUGAUUACA